CUUUUAAUAGAGUUUUGCGAAGAAACUUUGAAAGCCAGCCAUACAGGAAAGUAUGGGUUUCUUGUUCGCCGAAAAAAGUAUGGAUUUCUUUCAAAAUUGUAAACAGAUUCCAAAGUAAGGGCGUCGAGCAGUUCCUAAACUAGAAAUUAAAUAAAUAUAAUAAGUAAACGGAGGCAGCAAAUCUGUUGAAGCCCAAUGUAAGAGACGGAAAAAGCUUGGAACUGUGAAGGAGGUGGUGUCAAUGAAGAUGGAGUUUGGGGAUCUUCAGCAGAGCAUAUCCUAAGCUGAGCAGCAGAAAGGCGACGUGAUCACAGCGAUGAAAAAGAAGAAGAAUCGGGUUCAAGGAGAGGGAGGAUUUUUUGGACAGGCUGAUAAGGAAUGCUGGCAGCAAGGAACUCUCCCUCAGUCACGAGAACUAGCUUCGAGGAGAGGAAGGAGUUUUUGGACAGGCUGAUGAGGAACGCUGGCAGCAAUGAACACUCCCUCCAGAAGCUCAAGAACAGAAUUGACAGGGUAUCCUUAAAGCAGGCGACGUUAGGAAAUUCGGUUCAAGAAUGUUACUGUCGAGGGAGUAGCUUACAAGGUCUGCCCACAAUCCUCAAGUCCAUCCUCAAAACAAUUGAGAGCAUCGGAGAAUUUCUUCCAAGCCACAAGAAAAAGUUCUCGAUCCUUCACAAUGUUAGCGGAAUCAUUAAACCUGGCUGGUGAUCCAUAUUAGUACUUUUUGUUGGUUCUGGACUUGCUUGAAGACUUUGUUCAAGCUUAUGGAUUUUCAUGGCAUAUUUAUUGAAGAUUAAAAACUAUUAAAAUGUUUGGUAGUACUACAAUUGCUGUUAGGACCGCCGGGUUCAGGAUAUACCACUCUGCUUCGAGCCUUGUCAGGAAAGCUCGAUUCGGAACUAAAGGUACAGCAGUAUCUCUCGUUAAGAACAACGCAAGUUGUAAGUGAAGCUUCCAGUGUCGGUCAAUUUUGGUUUUACAAUCGCUCUGGUGAAUCCUUUCUAGAUAUUAUGUAGGUUUCUGAAGAAGCAACGCACGCACAUUGGACAAAAAAUGCAAGAGUUUGUGCCUCAGAGCAACUCCGCUUACAUUGGCCAAUACAACAUUCACAUUCCUCAUACGACCGCCGAAUGUCAGGGAGUCGGAACUGGCUACAUGAGUUGCAAGAUCAUUUAACAUUAAAUGCCAAUAUUUUCAGGUUUUUCUAAUAGUUAUGUGAAUGUGCAAACAUGCUUACGGAACUUGUAAGGAGAGAGAAGUUGUUGAAUAUUAAACUUGAUCCUUGUAUCGAUGCAUCGAUGA